AUGUCAAACCAGAACGAACCUUUCUAUCUUCGCUACUACUCAGGUCACUCUGGGCGGUUUGGGCAUGAGUUUCUAGAAUUUGAUUUUCGGACCCUUGGCGACGGCCGAAGUGCCGCGGUCCGGUAUGCGAACAACUCCAACUAUCGCAAUGACUCCCUUAUCCGCAAAGAAAUGUGCGUGAGCUCGGCGAUGAUUCAGGAGGUCAAGCGCAUUAUCAAAGAGAGCGAGAUCAUGAAGGAGGACGAUUCGAAAUGGCCACAGAAGAACAAGGAUGGGCGGCAAGAGCUCGAGAUCAGACUUGGAAACGAACAUAUCUCCUUUGAGGUGCGCUGA